AUCUGACCUACUAUGUUUGGUUAACCUGUCGUGCCUCUUCCACAGAAUCGCUUGCUGUGCAUUGAAAAAAAAUAUCGUCUGAUCGAUGCAGAUUUUUUUUUUUUUUAACAAAAAAAGAAAAAAAGAUAACUGCACGCUAAGCCUAACAUGGAUGCAGUUUUCUCAUUCUCAGCCAAUUCGUUUCUAUUAUUGAUUCACUGUAGACUCCUAACGCAUUCUAACGCGUAAUGGGGAUGAUGUCCAAAAUGACACUGGACAGCACUGAGUGCUCUAGACUUCACAAUCGGUGUGAGAUGCACGAAAAAGAAGCUUGCCAAGAUGAUGAAAGUUGUAUUGAUGUGUCAUGCCCCCGACAAGCUUUCAUAUUGAUGUCUUUUUCCACUUUAGGAUACGAUGGAGCUCUUGGAGGAGGACCUCACAUGCCCAAUAUGCUGCUGUCUUUUCGAGGACCCGCGCGUUCUGCCGUGCUCUCACAGCUUCUGCAAGAAAUGUCUAGAGGGCAUCCUGGACGGUAACCGGAGCCCUACUUGGAGACCACCGUUCAAAUGUCCGACGUGUCGAAAGGAGACCGUGCACAACGGCAUCGCGAGUUUGCAGGUCAAUUACUCCCUACGUGGCAUCGUGGAGAAGUAUAACAGGAUUCGAGUGAUGCCGAGGAUGUCUCUCUGCCGAGUUCACAGCGGACAGCCGCUCAACAUCUUCUGCGCCACGGAUCUGAAGCUCAUCUGUGGCUUUUGCGCCACGACGGGUGAUCACAAAGGACACAAGUUUUGCGCGCUGGAGGAGGCGUACGAGCGCGAGAAGCUCGCGUUUGAGGAGUUGUUUCGUGUCGUGGAAAGCUGGAGGGGCGCGGAGGUGCAUUCGUGCCUGGAAUCGUUAGAGGGAGCGAAGAAGAAAGCGCUGGAGAGGGUCUCUCGGGACGCGGAUCGCGUCUCAGAGUACUUUGACAAACUUUUGCGCACGCUGGAGCACAAACGGAGCGAGAUCCUCUCGGACUUGGAGACUUUGAAGCUCGCGGUGAUGCAGACCUUUGACCCCGAGAUCAACCAGCUCCGCUCGGCGCUCGAAGAGCAGCAGCGCGCACUCAGCAUCGCCGAGUCGUUCCGUUCCCUCUCCGAUCCGCUCACUUUCCUCCAGCAGAUGCAGGACUUCAGGGAAAGGCUGCGCGUCAUUCGGGAAACACCGUUGCCAUCGCGGACUGACGUGGACGUGGGUCUGCUUGGCCUGCAGAGCUUCGAUGUGAAAGAAUGGGACCGGGUGCGUCUUGGAGAGGUGGACAAGCUGUGCGCCCCCUACGAGAGCAGCACCUACCUGGCUUCGCUGCCCCCUGCCGCCGCUCCGCGCUUCUCCCGUGUGCUGUGGAGAGUUGUUCUGGUUGUAUGUGCGUGUCUCCCCGCGCUGAACUUUCUCCCGUCGGACUGUCUCGCUUUGAGCUUCCAGGAUAAGGUGGUCGCACUCAGCGGCUUUUCUCUGCCCGCUCCCGGAGAGAUUGUGCGAUGGCUUGGGGUCUGCUGGAAAGAAGCGGAAGCGAUCUGCACGCUACUAAUCGAGCUGUGUCGGAACUGUAUCUUGGACCUGAUAAACACAACAUCAGAUUUCAUCAGCUGAUUUUAUAACUCCCUUCAUUAGCAGGGCUUGAGGCAUUCCAGGACUCCAUCUGAAACACAGAAGAGAGGAGGACGCUUGAGUGAGAACAUACACACAGCAGCUGGACGUGAUGAUCAGUUUGCAGUAAAAUACUUCAGUGUCUACUACUGUGUUUGCCUGCAAACCAUUUGCAUCCAACAGAAAAAACAGUGCCAUUUCUACAUUUGUGUGCAGGACCUGUUAAUGUGCAAUUGAGUUUAUAUUUAAAAAUGUUUGCAUGCUUAUAAUGCACAAUUCUAAAUAUAUUUUAUUGAUGCAUCAUUAAAAAAGUUAAAUGUAUACUUGUUACUACUUACUAUUGCACACUGUUUCAUAGAAUAUUUUGCACUUCAGUAAAAAGGCAUCUAUAAGUCAAAAAAACUAAUGUUGUGUGAUAAUUAUGCAUAUUUAAAAGAUCCAUCACUCCCAGUGGGUCCUAUACUGUUUUGGCAUAUUUACUUUUUAUUGUAUCUUACAACAGGACACAAGAGAAGACUAAAAAUGAGGCAUUACAAGAGUUAUAAAUAGUAAUCAAAAUUUUAUUUUUACAUCAUCAUCCCCAGUGGUUCAUUAUUCUCUAUUCUUAUUUUCUACAGGCUUGGAAUUUCUGCAGACACACUUCUGAGCUACUUUCAACCUGUCUUCUGGCAAAAAUAAUGAUAUUAAAGAAAACAACAGUCUAGUGCUACUGCCUUUUAGACCAGCCUGGAUUUAACCUCCAAGAUGGUGAUUCAGCACUGACAACAUCCAGCCUCGUAGUCAUCUUUAACAGCAGUAACAGACCUGCCACCAGCUUCCCAAAGUGCCGUCCCACAGCUGAAGACAUUUCUUAUACCCACACUAUGCUAAAUAAGAUAUCUAUUUUUUCUAAAUCAACCACUGUGCUCUGUGUCUCAUGUACAGUUAUGAUGUGAGACAUCAACAUAUAAUAACCUAGUAGUGAUAGUAUUAUUAUAUUUAUAUAGAUUGGCAAACACACAUCUCAAUACCCAUUUACUUUGACACACCAGCUUGGUCAAGAUUUUAAAUUUUGUUGUGUCUUAAAAUAAAAUUUAAUUAUGUUAAUUUAUAUUCUGCUUUAUAGCCCAUAAUUAUAGCCUGCUUUUUAGAAUAUAGUGAAGCUGCAGAAAGGUGAGAUCUGCAGUGUGUAUUAAAAUAAUGCAUUUUUACAGCAAACAACACCAGUUGUGAUGAACCCAUUACAUAAUUUUCUUGAAAUGUAACAGAUUGUAUUUUUAGGAGUAUUUUAAAAUAUAUUAAUUACAAAAUAUUAGUUAAAGACAAGUUUCAUGCAUCUGUUUGUUAGGAUCAUUAAGGUGUAACACCAACACCAAGGUUACGACCUGACUAACAUAACUAUUAAUUUGGGUCAAUGAUGCAACACGGAUUCACGGCCAAGAAACAAUCCAUUGUUACAAUGCUACAAUAUUUACAUAGAGUUUAGCUCCUGAUAAAGUCACUGACAGUGAAAUAUUUUUCUCUUGUUAAAAAAAAAAAAAAAAAAAACCUAGGUAGGACAUUUUGGCAGCAAAUAAGAACAGAUGAAUUUUCCAAAAAUUAGCCAGUUAGUUGUCACCCCAACGAACCCUAAUGCCUAAUUGUGAUCGACAAGAUUGACACAAAGACAAUUAGAGUAGUUUUAAGAGCCCAAGGCCUGCACUUGAUAAUGACAACAAACUUGUAAUUGCUUCUAAACAAGAGUUGGCAUCUAAAAUAUUUUUUUUCUUCCAGCAUUUACUUGAGCUAACACACCUCAAAGGCAAGAAAUACAAAUAAAACCACUACAGACACUACAGUGAAUUUGCUCUUUCACAGAAGCUAGAGCCAAACCACCACUGCCUGAAAAAAAGGGACUCAGUCUCAAGAUGUGUGUAGUGCAAAUGGAAGUACAAUUAAAUUUUUUAAAAAUGUGUUUUACACUUCACUUGUGCAAACAAGCACUGUGUCGAUCUAAAACGGACAUCUCGUUGCUUGAAGGGGAUUUUAAAGCCUUAAUACCAUGAUGGCUUGCCAGAUGUCAAAUGCUGAUAGUGUCAUUUACUGUGCAUAUAGCACCUGAACAGUCUAGUUGCUGUAAAUUUGUGUUUUAGCUCCUCUCUUGAAACAAUUAACUCAACAUAAAUAAAUUGCAUAGAGAUGCUAUUACCUUAAAUUGUUUUUGAGUUUCUGAUGUCACAACCAGGCAAAUUCUGUAAAAAAAGAAGAAAGAGAAACAUCACAUUAACAGCUGCAGUUUUGCCCAUGUAAGCAGCACAUCAUUUAAAACAGUUUUAAUAAAAUAAUACUAAAUUACACCUAUAUUUUGAAAA